AGAGAAACAUGGCGCUCACCAUGGCGUUUUCUUAUCAGUGUCUCAAGUUAUAUGUCAAACGUGACAUUAGCUUUUUGUUAGACGUCGUAUGACAGUUUGAUUAAUAACGUUGUUCAUUAUUUAUAACAAAAUGGGUAUUUUUUUCUCAAAGAAAAAACCACCGAGUCGCGUGACCGAACAAGACAAAGCCAUUUUACAAUUGAAACAAACUAGGGAUAAGAUUAAGCAAUAUCAACGAAGAAUCGAGCAAAAUCUCGAGAAAGAACGAUUACUCGCAAAAAAACUUGUACAAAAUAAACAAAAAGAGCGUGCUUUACUUCUUUUACGCAAAAAGAAGUUCCAAGAACAAAUAUUGUCAAAGACUGAUGGGCAACUAGAGAAUCUUGAACGCAUGGUACACGACUUAGAAUUUGCACAAGUAGAACUGAAAGUUGUAGAUGGUCUGAAAGUGGGCAAUGCUGCAUUGAAGAAACUGAAUGAUUUAUUAUCCAUUGAUGAAAUUGAAAAAGUUAUGGAUGAAACUAGGGAAGGCAUUGAAAAACAACAGGAGAUUGAUGAGAUAUUAUCGGGAGAACUUACAGAAAAAGAUGAGAAUGAAGUUGAAGCUGAACUUGAUGCUUUGUUAGCUGCAGAAGUUGAAGAGAAAGUACCAGAGGUACCAGAGGAUAUAAUAUUACCUGAUGUGCCAGAAGAAUUACCAAAAAAGGAAAAAGAACGUACAAAAGAAAAUACGCAAGAGGCAAUUGCUCUGGAAGCAUAAACAAGUGAUAAAUAUCAUUAAUAAAGUUUUUAUUCCAUUGGUAUUUUGCGCAGGGAUCUAUGUAUAUAUGUACAGUAUAUUAUAUGUAAGGCACAACGUGAAUAGUUCUCGUCCAAAGAGUGUAAUUAAAAGAAUGGAAAUUUACUUUUUAUUGACAAAGUGUCUUUUAAGUACUAAAGACUGUUCUAUUAUAGACUAUGUGUGAGUGGUUUCGCUACAGAGAGUACAUGAUUUAGGCAAAUGUAUAUUGCUCUUUCGUAUAUUACACAUGUCAUGAAUGUUUCACAAUAAUUACAUAUAUUAUUACUGCCUUACAUGUACAAAUAUCUUUUCACCUCAUUAUUGGCCUCUCUUACGUGUAGUUAUACAAAAAAAUACACAACAUUAAGACCUUUCAGGAAAUACGAUCUGAUUUACAAUAUGUUUCUUUAGAUCUUAUUCUAUAUUAUAAGAAAUUAUAAACUUGAUUCGAAUAAUGUACGCAUCAUAAAAUCUUUCCAGAAGAUACUUUUGGAUUGAAGGGGGAUAAAAUACUGAUCUUCAUUGCACUCUCCCGAAUAUUAUUUUCGAAUAAAAAAGCAAUUUCAUAUAAUGCAAUUAAUAAUUCAUAUUGCUUCUACUAAUCCUACCAUUAUAUCGAUCAUACAUGUCUUAAUAUUUAGAUUUUGUUCAUUAUUCUUCUUCUUAAAUUUAUAUGAUAAUUAAAAAAAUUAUCUAACAUUUCUUUCUGUUUCUAUCCAUAAUAUUUCAUUCACCUGAAAAAUUACUAAGCCUCCUUAUUUGUUACGUGUACAUGUAGAUACAUGUGAUUAGUUUAAAUUAUUCAGAAGAUAAACAAUUCAACAACUGGGACAUUAUUAAAUACACCUCACUGUCACUGAAACAUAUAUUUAGUUAAUACUAAAAAUUUAUUUACUUUUAUUAAUAAUAAACAUAGAUAUUAAUUAUAGAUAUAAAGUUUUCAGUUUUAUAGUUUCACACCAAGUAUUUUGUUCCAACAUAUUUAAAUUUGUAAAAAGAAUAAUAUGAUAGCUAAUGCCACCCGUUAUAAUGUAGUAUAAUUUGUUCCAUGCUUCAAUGUAAUCUGCAUAAUUAGAUAGACACUUCAUAGCAGCAUAUAUUAAAUAUUGUACGAGUCAUCUAUGUGACUAGCAUAAAAGUUCGCCUUUUAUUAAUGCUUCUUUUUCAAGGUUAACAAUGUGAUACUUUUUAAAUUUAAGAGAUCAAACACUUAAUCAUUUUGACAUCGAUUCAAAUAGCAGUGAAGUCAUAGAAGCAACAUAAAUCAUUGAAGUAUUUCUUCAUUUAGUCUCGUAUAGAUAUCAUAUUUAUAAAUUUAAACGAUGCCUUUUGGCAUUUUCAUUAUGUAUUUUACACAAUUCUGUUUCGCAAAAUAUCGUCAUUAAAUUAAUUAAUAUUAGUGAAAAAGUAUCUAUAACUAGUUCAUCAAAUUACAUUCUAGGAAUAGCAUAUCCACAAUUUUAUACCCCCGAUCACCUGACCUUACUACCUUCCUUUCAAAUUAAUUUAUCUUCCAUCACUUUCUACUGUGAAUGUAUGUACAUUGUAAUACAAUCAAGUAAACUGAAUUAUUCAGCGGGUCAGCUGUUCAUUUUCAUGUAAUUUACUUAUGUUAUUUCACAGAGACUUCCUAACUUCUCACACUCUAUGAAAAUUAUAUGAACGUACAGUACGUAAUAUACC